UAAAUAUAUAAAAUAUUUGUCGUCUUUCCCAUUUGCGUUCCUCCAAAAUAUAAAGCAAACUCAGAUCUCACGACUUUUCUUCUCUCACAGAAACACCAUGAGGAUACCAACGACGCUGCUCCUCUUUGUCGGAGCUCUCAUCUUCUCCGGCGCUGGGACUGUGAGAUCCGAUGCAUCUGACCACCGUUACAAGGACGGCGACUCCGUUCCUCUCUACGCCAACAAGGUCGGCCCGUUUCACAAUCCCAGUGAGACGUAUCGGUAUUUCGAUCUGCCCUUCUGUGUUCCAGAGGGAGUGAAAGAUAAGAAGGAAGCUCUUGGUGAGGUUUUGAAUGGGGAUCGGCUUGUUAGUGCUCCAUACAAGCUUAACUUCAGAGAUGAAAAGGACUCGGAGACGUACUGCAGAAAGAAGCUUAGCAGAAAAGAUGUGGAGCAGUUUCGAAGGGCUGUUGAAAAAGACUAUUACUUCCAAAUGUACUAUGAUGAUCUGCCUAUCUGGGGAUUCAUUGGCAAAGUUGACAAAGAGAGCAAGUCAGAUCCGAGCGAGUUCAAAUAUUUCCUGUACAAGCACAUCCAGUUCGAGAUUUUGUAUAACAAGGACCGUGUGAUCGAAAUCAAUGCUAGAAUGGAUCCUCAUUCGCUUGUGGAUCUCACUGAGGACAAGGAAGUGGAUGCAGAGUUUAUGUACACUGUGAAGUGGAAGGAGACAGAGACUCCUUUCGAGAAGAGAAUGGAGAAGUACGCCAUGUCUUCUUCUCUUCCACACCACUUGGAAAUCCACUGGUUCUCCAUUAUUAACUCAUGCGUCACUGUCCUCCUUUUGACCGGUUUCCUUGCAACCAUCUUGAUGCGGGUCCUCAAGAAUGAUUUCAUGAAGUAUGCUCAAGACGAGGAAGCUGCUGAUGAUCAAGAGGAAACUGGAUGGAAGUACAUUCAUGGUGAUGUGUUCCGGUUCCCAAAGCACAAAUCUCUCUUUGCUGCAUCUCUCGGUAGCGGGACACAACUGUUCACUCUCACCAUAUUCAUCUUCAUGCUUUCACUUGUUGGAGUGUUCUAUCCAUACAACCGAGGAGCGCUCUUCACUGCUUUGGUCGUUAUCUACGCUCUCACAUCUGGAAUCGCCGGAUACACCGCCUCCUCUUUCUACUGUCAACUCGAAGGAAAGAACUGGGUAUCUGAGUUCCAAGCUCCUUGCCGCACCACUAAGUACCCCAGGGAGAUCCCGACACUCCCAUGGUACAGGAGCGCGAUACCUCAGAUGGCCAUGGCUGGUUUUCUUCCUUUCAGUGCCAUCUACAUCGAGCUAUAUUACAUAUUUGCCAGUGUUUGGGGCCACCGGAUCUACACCAUUUACAGCAUCCUCUUCAUCGUCUUCAUCAUCCUCUUGAUCGUUACAGCUUUUAUAACCGUUGCCCUUACUUACUUCCAACUUGCUGCUGAAGAUCACGAAUGGUGGUGGAGAUCGUUCCUAUGCGGUGGAUCGACUGGUCUGUUCAUAUACGCGUACUGCUUAUACUAUUACUACGCAAGAUCAGACAUGUCCGGUUUCAUGCAAACCUCCUUCUUCUUCGGUUACAUGGCUUGCAUUUGUUACGGUUUCUUCCUCAUGCUCGGAACCGUUGGCUUCCGCGCCGCUCUCCUCUUCGUCCGCCACAUUUACCGGUCGAUCAAAUGCGAGUGAAAACUGUUGCUGCCCAAUCAUCGCUCACUCGAAAGGCUUCCCGUACGAUUUUUGGUAGAACGAAGGAGAUGAUGAAGAAGAGAUCGGUUCUUCUUUAGGUAGAUAAAAAGACUUCCUUUUAAAGCCAAAAAUCCAAAUAUCAAAAUGGCUUUUUAAGGUUUGAUUUUCAUAGGGAUGUUUUUACGGUAAUUGCUUUAAGUUUUUUCCCCUUUUUUUUUGUUGAAUGUUUUAUGUGAAACUUCUGUUGUUUAGGUGAGUCUCUCUUUUCUCUGUUUCUGCUACUACUAUAGUGUUUUUCUUUCACUUUUUUGGGUAAUUAAUUAACUAUAUUGUAUCUCUUUUUUUCUAAAGACGAAAAUACCGAUGAUCCUUUUAUUCUUUU